GUUUGAAUAGCUGUCCAAGUCAGCCAAAAACACCCAAAAGAGAAAUUCAUUGAAAUGAAUGAGAUGAUGAGUCAUGGAGAUAGGCAUGGUGGUCGUCAGUAGGACAUGGGUUCCAAAUUUUCUCUGUUUUAGUCCCCAGUUUCUCCCUUUACCCUCUAAUAAUAACUCCUUUCUUUUAUUUCUUCAAUUUCUGUGGGUUUUUUGGAUAAAAUGUUGAGGAUAUGGAAGUGGUACCAGAGCUGUUUAUCUCUUCAUCCUGUAAAAACACAAAUUAUCAGCUCAGGUUUCCUUUGGGGCAUUGGGGAUGUUGCUGCUCAAUACAUCACCCAUUCCACCGCAAAGAAACGCCUUCAAUAUCAUAAAGAUGAUGAUAAUGAAUUUAAAGUCAACUGGAAAAGGGUAGCUGUCACAAGUAUGUUUGGAUUUGGCUUUGUUGGACCAGUUGGACACUUCUGGUAUGAAGGGUUGGACAAAUUUAUAAAGAUGAGGCUUCUACUGCGCCCAAAGUCAGCGAGGUUUGUUGCUGCAAAAGUUGCUAUGGAUGGCCUUAUCUUUGGCCCCUUUGACUUGUUUGUGUUUUUCACAUAUAUGGGGUUUUCAGCCGGAAAAAGCACUGCUCAAGUGAAGGAAGACGUGAAGAGAGACUUCCUCCCAGCCUUGAUAUUGGAAGGUGGCGUUUGGCCAAUCGUUCAGGUUGCGAAUUUCCGUUAUGUUCCAGUUAGAUACCAACUCCUUUAUGUUAAUAUCUUCUGCUUGUUAGACAGUGCCUUUUUGUCAUGGAUUGAACAACAAAAGGAUGCUCCCUGGAAACAAAGGUUUACUUCUUUUACCUCCAUGAAAGAAGGUGGAGGCCAAGGCAGGUUAUGAAUUUUUUUUUCUUUUCACUUUCUUUUACAUCUUACUGAUCAGAUUCCCAAGUGUACAACAGAAUAUACAUGUACUGUUGAAAGAAUUAAUGAAGAACCCCGAAGCAGGGGUUUUAGAUAUUGGGAUUUGGAGAGUGAUUGGAUUAGACUGAUAUUGCUACCAAAUCUUCACUCAAAUAUGCAAUUCAUGUUGAAUCCAAUAUGAAUGCGUUGCGUGUUACUAUAUUUGAACUGAUAAUUUGCAAUAAACUUAAAGAAUGUUUUUAA